UCGGCCACCUCCGACGUGACGCUGGAGAUGGAGCGACAGGGUGUGGCGGGUUUCAUCCGCCAGGCCAACUUGGCGUUGGGCCUCAUCCCAGUGGACCGCGGCGUCGCGGCGCUGUGUCACGACAGUGUCUUCGGAGAACUCUAUGUGAAGGGGGACAGCAGGGCGCUGACGGACGUCGUCAAGAGUGUAUUGGCCGUGGAGAGACACACGGGUCGGAGGAUCUUGGACGUCACGUGCCAUGGGUUCUUCGCUCAGAGGGUCAAGAAGAUGCUGGAGCUGGCCCAUCGGCAGCAGCAGAAGAUCAAGAUGAGUCGAGCUGCAGGGACCAAGGAGCUGGAGGCCGAUGUGGCUGCGCCCAUGGACAAGUUGGUAGUGAUUGACCGCAUGGAAGACCCUUUGUCUAUGUUGCUGACGCCCAUGACGUAUGAAGGACUGCUGGAUGCGCUCGUGGGCGUGAACCAUGGCGUCGUCACGUACGAGAAAGAGGAGGAGGACGCGGAGGACGCUGCAAGCACUAGCAGCAGUAUCAAAGAGGAGUCGACAACGACCACGACGACGCAGAAAGUGGUGCUGAACCACCUCGACGCGCUGUUCGACGAGAUCCGCGACGUGAACUUCAACUUGGUCUCCAACCAGCUCGUGGAUGUCGCCAAAGACUUGGCCACAGAAGUGCGGGGCAGCUCGGCCGGGUCCAGUGCUGACUUACCAAAGGACAGCCAGGCAGCGUUCCAGAAGGUGAAGGCUCUCUUGGCCAAGGCGCCGCAUUUGGUGAAGAAGAAGCGAUCGUUGGCCCACCACUUGCAGCUUGUGCAGCGUAUCCGAGAGCUGAGCACGCAGCUUGCACUGCGUGGAUGCGUCGAGACAGAAAUGACCAUCAUGAGUGCUGGCCCGAGUGCGUCAUCAGCAGCGGCCAAGGACGUGGACAGCUUUUUGGAAGAGGCUAUCUUGCGUGAGCCUCCGCUGAAUCUCUACGACGUGAUCAAGCUACUCUGUCUGUGCUCUCUCGUCCGCGGCGGACUUAAGCCAGACACGCUGGCCUGGUAUCGCCAGCAGCUUUGCCAUACUUACGGCCACCAAAUUCUGCCGCUGCUUGUGCAAUUGGAGAAGAUGGAUCUGCUCUCUGUCGAGAACCGCUUCGACUUCCCUAAAAUGCGCAAGCAGCUUCUGCUAAUGCGCGGUGCUCUGGAUGACGAGGACACCAGACAUCCUUCGGAUAUUCACUUUAUGUUCCCCUACACGGGUUACGCGCCAAUGAGUAUUCGCUUACUACAAGAAUCGCUCGGCAUGAAGUACAAGACGCUGGCGAAGGACCCGACAUCGUCACUGCUGAGUCUGGGGAGCGGAAGUGGGAACAACUCCAGCAGCCACCACAGCAUGUCGUCCGAGGCUGCUUCCAACUAUGACAGUGCGAACGGCGGUAAACGCACCAAUGUGCUGGUAUACUACGUUGGCGGUGUGACAGUCGCAGAGCUGACAGCGUUCCGCUUCUUGAACCAGAAGCAAAGCCACUUUACCUUCUUCAUCGCCGCUACAUCCAUCUGCAACGGCAGUCGCCUUCUGCGUGCCAUCUACUGAGCAGAAAGAAAUUCACAGGUCGGAAGACCUGUGCUUGGCCCCAGCAAAAAACUUGUAACUUUCC